AUGAGAAGCAGCCGCUGCGACACAGCCGAGUGUCUGUACGGCAAGUCUGCGACAGAGGUGAACACCGCCACGCCCCUGACGGAGUAUCCGUCCUGGGGAGCCGACGACCUGCUAGACCUGCCGACAAAGAACGUCUUCAUCGGUGCAAUCAUCGUCGUCGACGGGGCGCUGGUGUCGGCGCCACCACUGGAGCUGUGGGAGAAGGAGGAAGGCUUGAAGGUGAAGACUUACCCCGAUGUUCCGCUGCUGAUAGGAACCAUGGCGCAGGAGAACGACGAGGUUACAGACCCAGCCGUGCGCGCCUGGGACUGGAAGGCUCUCGACGCUCACAUCAACGCCACGCUCGGAACAUUCGGCGGAGACCUCGCGCACAACGCCAGCGCCCUCUACCCGCGCGCGGGCCGCGAGCCCGACUACGUGCUGACGUCGAUGAGCAGCGACCGCACGAUGCGCGACGUCGUCGCCGAGUUUGCGCGCACGGGGAAGAUCGGCGAGCCGCAGUGGCGGACGUUUCCCGAGAGUACGGCGCUGCUGGGGGCGAGCGGCGGCGUCGAGGUAGCGAGGCACUACCACGCGAAGCAGUGCGCACUCUGGCUCACCAACGGACUCUUCAGUUACGCCUGGAUCAACUGA